AUGAACGAGUUAGAAAAAAACGGAAAAAAAAGUUAUAAAGUGAACGAUUUAUCUAACGUCAAAUUUACCAAAAAUGAUUCCAGUAACGACAAAAGCAGUAAUGCAGACUCCGAACCUAAUGAAACCGAAGUACCAAGUGUAUCAUUUAUCACAUUAUAUCGAUUUGCUUCAACAAAAGAUAAAUUCUACAUAUUCUUAGCAAUAUUAUCUUCUUUGCUAUGUGGAUGUAUGACACCUAUAAAUACUUUGUUGUUCUCAUCUUUACUACAAAGUAUGGUUAACUUCGGUAUAUCAGUGGUGAUCGGGUUACCUGAACCUGAUGUCUUUCUCGAUGCAGUUACAGAAUUUGCUAUAUACAACAGCAUAGUUGGCGCAAUACUUGUAGUAUUUUCAUAUUUUGCUACUAUUCUUAUGAAUAUAGCAGCUUUUAAUCAGGUCUACAAAAUACGUCAAGAAUACUUAAAAGCAGCUCUGAAUCAGGACUUCGAGUAUUUUGACAUGCAUCAGACUGGGGACUUCGCAACAAAAAUGACUGAUGACGUAGUGAAAUUAGAAGAUGGAAUAGGGGAGAAACUGGCAACUUUUAUUUUCUACCAGGCAUCAUUCGUCAGCUCCAUAAUUAUGGCAUUAAUAAGAGGUUGGAAAUUAGCCUUAUUGUGCUUAAUUUCCUUCCCAGUAACUCUAUUUUUGGUUGGACUUGCCGGAAUGAUUGCUUCGAGAUUAUCUAAAAAAGAAGCGGUCGCAUCUGGAAAAGCGGGCUCAGUCGCUGAAGAAGUGUUGUCAGCAGUUCGUACAGUCUUUGCCUUCAGCGGUCAAGAGAAAGAAAUAGAGAGAUACGAAACUCAUCUCGCGGAAGCGAGGAAAAUCAAUAUCAAAAAAGGAUUCUUCAAUGGAAUGGCAAUGGGCAUGCUAUUCUUCUGCAUAUUUUGCGCUUAUGCAAUGUCUUUCUGGUUUGGCUACAGACUCAUGGUAGACGAACCUGAAAACUACGAUGUCGACACAAUGAUAGCCGUGUUUUUCGGAGUCAUGAUGGGCUCCGCUAAUUUUGGUAUAUCAUCGACGUUGAUGGAGGUUUUCGGAGUAGCGCGAGGUGCCGGAGCACAAAUCUUCAGUUUGAUUGACAAUGUUCCCACCAUCAACCCCUUACUCAACAAAGGUGUUGUACCUCCUUCAAUCGAAGGAAACAUCGAACUAAAAAAUGUUGUGUUCCACUAUCCGUCAAGACCGGAUGUACCAAUAUUAAAAGGUGUUAAUAUUAGUGUACAACGAGGUCAGUCUGUGGCGCUGGUAGGACAUUCGGGCUGCGGAAAGUCGACUAUCAUUCAACUGAUAUCUAGAUACUACGACGUUGUCGACGGCAGCGUCACCAUAGACGGCAAUGAUGUCAGAAAUGUAUCAGUGCGGUGGCUCCGCGCGCAAAUUGGUCUCGUUGGUCAAGAGCCAGUGCUGUUCAGCACCACGAUUAGGGAGAACAUUCGCUACGGCCGCGAGGACGCUACCGAUGAAGAUAUCGAGAAAGUCGCGCGUCAAGCCAAUGCUCACGAGUUUAUUAUGAAACUACCCUCGGGCUACGACACGCUGGUCGGCGAGCGCGGUGCAUCGCUCUCAGGAGGUCAGAAGCAGAGGAUCGCCAUCGCCCGUGCACUCGUCCGCAACCCGCGUAUAUUACUGCUCGAUGAAGCAACCAGUGCACUUGAUACAUCUUCUGAGGCAAAAGUCCAGAAAGCAUUGGAUAAGGCUCAAGAAGGACGCACAACGAUAGUCGUCGCACACAGACUGUCGACGAUUAGGAAUGUCGACAAAAUUUAUGUCUUCAAAAGUGGAAAUAUCGUAGAAUGCGGAAGUCACGAGGAACUUAUUAGUCAAAAAGGACACUACUAUGAUAUGGUUAUGUUACAAGCUUCUCCGGAUAUGAAUGAAUCGGAUAAACGCGACGUAUUAGACCGUACCGUGUCAAUUAAAAGUGAAAAAGAUGAAGACGAACACGUUGAAACGCGCAUUUUAGAAAGUGAUACAACUACGGAGAUACCAGAUGUUUCUUUCGCUCAAGUAAUAAAGCUAAACGCGCCAGAGUGGAGGUCGAUUACAGCGGCUAGUAUCAGUUCCUUAGUCAGUGGAUUUGCUAUGCCGCUGCUUGCUGUUAUUCUCGGUGACUUUAUUGGUGUUCUCUCAAAUCCAGACACAGAAGCGGUUACGGCUGAAGUACGAAACUAUGCAUUUAUAUUUAUUUGUGUUGGGGUUUUCUCUGGAAUCACCAAUUUUAUUAUGGUGUCUAUGUAUGGAAUCGCAGGUGAACAUUUGACUGCUCGAUUAAGGAAGCUAAUGUUUCAAAAACUGCUUCAACAAGAAAUCGGUUUCUUUGACGAUAAGAACAAUUCCACGGGAGCUUUAUGCGCUCGACUUUCCGGAGAAGCGGCGGCUGUGCAAGGGGCAACAGGUCAAAGAAUUGGUACAGUUCUUCAAGCGUUUGGUACGUUUAGCUUCUCGCUCGGCGUCUCGCUGUAUUAUGAAUGGCGUUUGGGUCUUGUCGCUUUAGCUUUCGUACCAUUAAUUGCAGCUGUGCUUUACAAACAAGGUCGGAUGAUUACUGCUGAAUCGUUUGGUACUGCUAAAACAAUGGAAUCGAGUUCAAAGGUGGCUGUAGAGGCAGUCGCAAACGUUCGAACUGUCGCUUCUUUGGGUAGAGAGACAACCUUCUUAGAAGAAUACGCUAAGCUACUUAUGCCAGCUCUUACGAUCGCUAAACGAUCGUGUCACUGGAGAGGUAUCGUCUUUGGCCUCUCACGUGGACUCUUUAACUUCAUAUAUUCAGCUACUUUGUAUUACGGAGGACAACUCAUGGUGUAUGACGGAGUUGCAUACGACGUAAUUCUUAAGUCUGCUCAAACUCUCUUGAUGGGCUCGUCAUCAGCGACACAAGCUUUCGCCUUUGCUCCUAACUUCCAGAAGGGAUUUAAGGCUGCAGCACGUGUCAUCGUAAUAUUGAAUCGAAAGUCUAAGAUCGCGGAUCCAGACCAAGGUGGAGUCGAAAGCUUCAAUGGAACGGGUGAGGCGAGUUUACAAAACGUACAGUUCAAAUAUCCCACGCGACCGCUUAUACAAGUUCUCAAGAACUUUAACCUUGAAAUAGAAAGUGGAAAAACAAUAGCACUGGUCGGCGCCAGCGGAUGUGGAAAGAGCACAAUCAUCCAACUGCUCGAGAGAUACUAUGACCCAGAUGAGGGCAUUGUGGCUCAAAAUGACAUACCUUUACCAAAGUUAAGACUUGCCGAUGUGAGAAAGUCCAUCGGAUUCGUGCAACAAGAGCCGGUCCUAUUCGACCGCACUAUUGCAGAAAAUAUUGCGUAUGGUGACAAUUCGAAGCUCCUUAAAAUGGAUGACAUUAUAGAGGCCGCAAAGCAAGCUAAUAUACAUAACUUCAUCGUUUCUUUACCCAUGGGUUACGACACCAAUAUUGGAUCAAAGGGUACGCAACUAUCAGGAGGUCAAAAGCAAAGAGUUGCUAUAGCCAGGGCUUUGAUAAGGCGCCCUAAAAUGUUGCUACUGGAUGAAGCCACCAGUGCUCUGGAUACAGAAAGUGAGAAGGUUGUACAAGAAGCGUUAGACGCAGCGAAGGCCGGCCGCACGUGCGUCAUGAUCGCCCAUCGCUUGAGCACAGUGCGUGACGCGGACACGAUAUGCGUCCUUAAUGAGGGACGCCUCGCCGAAAGAGGCACGCACGCAGAACUAGUUCAACUUAAAGGACUCUACUACAACUUGAAUAGGAGAGGAUAUUCAUAAUGUACUUAGAUCAAUUUAUUUAUUUUUAAGAAGGAUAGAAAAUUUAUUUAUUGGCCAUAAAUAAAAUAAUACAUUAAGAAAAGGGAUAGGGAACACAAACACGGCAAUAAAAAGGAAAGGCCAACCUGGAUUAUUUUAGUACCUCGGCAUUAUUUUAUUAGCAUAAAUAUUUGAAAAACAAUGCUGCAAUAUUUAAAUAGCAAAAAUUGAUGAACCUAAAUGAAGAUUAAGUAUAGUAAAAGGAUAUAGUAUAGUUAAAUGAUGGCUUUGUAAGAAAUAAGAUUUAUUUUUUUA